ACUGGAAAUUAACCAUGGUUUUAUUAUAGUAAAAGUGUAGUAAACGUGGCAGAUUGAUUACCAUUUGUAGUUUUACUACAAAUGCCAUAGUUAAACUAUGAUUAGUGUUGCAAAACCUUGGUUAAUUUGUGGUUACCAUGGUUUAACUACAAUAACUAUGGUUUUUUACUUUUAUUUGUAGUAAAACCAUGGUUAUUUUUUUAAAGGGGAAGCACGGAUGCCUUUAACUUUACUAAAACCCGCCUCAAUCAGAUCGUCAUUUUCAAGUUUAAUUUGUACGUGACAGAAAGAUAUAAAUAUAUACUUUUUAAAUUUUAAUUAGAGUCCAUUUCCACAAGUUUGAUUCAUUUAGACCGCCAAAAACUUAAAGGGACAGUUCACAAAAAAAAAAAAAAAAAAUGAUUCUGUCAUCAUUUAUUCACCCUCAAGUUGUUCUAAACCUGUAUAAGUUUCUCUGUUCUUUUUAACACAACAGAAGAUAUUUUGAAUAAUUUUGGUAACCAAAUGGUUUCCGGUCCCCAUUUUAUUUUUUUCAUACUAUGGAAGUCAACGGGGACGCAACUGUUUGGUUUACCAACAUUCAUGUUGUUUCUUCUGAUGAACACAAAAGAAGAUAUUUUGAAUAAUGUGGGUAAACCAACAAUCCUGAUGACAGGAUUUUGGAAAGGCGGAAUUUAUCGCGUAAUUUUUCCGCUUUGAAAAAUUAACAUUCUAAUUGUAUUAAUAUUAUAAUAUAAAUAAUAGGCCUAUUAAUUAACCGAAAUAUGUCCAAAUACUUACAAUAUGUAAUUUAUUUAUUUAUCAAUUGCACAACAACACAACAUGCAAGAGUAAUGUCUAUAUAAAUGACUAACACCAAACAAAUAUAAAUGGCCGAUUUACUAUAUUUUAUAAAACAAUUACAAUGUUUUACAUAAGAAAUAUUAGCCUAUGUACAAAUAUAUUUCAUAUAAAUAAUAUAUAGAAUAGCUAGCAAUACCUAUAAUAAUAUAACAUUUUUAUAAGAUAAUAAACAAAAUGGAUACAAAUAUUAUGUAAAUUUUAUGUUUUAAAUAAAUAAGUUAAAUGUCUGGUUCACCCAUAAUGAGCAGAUAUGUUUUGUACAUUAGCGCCACCUGUGGGUUCAGAGGGUUUUAACGGAUUUCAAAGGCUCUGUUGUUCCAGUGUUUAGAGGAUGUGGAAGUGCCUAAAUAACAGAUGCUCUAUUCAUCCUGAGCCUGGACCACCAGCAUUCAGCAUUCAGGAGGAGAAGGAAUAUGUCAAAGCAUCGCGGAUAUUCCUAAAGCAUCCUUACUGUGAACAGAGGACUCUUGUGUUUUCUCCAGGACCACCUGCAGUAACACAACCUGCGUUCUGCUCUGGAUGAAGAGCAAAAAUAAUCAGUUCACCAGGAAUAACCUGAUCCGUAUCACACUAAAAUUCCUCUGGUAUGGACUGGGUUGAGGUUGAUGGAGCUAGAGUCACAUGGCACCCAUGGGAUCGACCUGCGACCUGAGUAUAUUUUUGUCCCUGGUUCCUUCAGCAUGGGCAGCGUUGACUUUGGCCCGCUGAUGGAGAUGAUAGACGCGAGAGACGAGUGGCUGGAUGAUGAUUUUCCUGGGCCACUUCCUGCCGAGGGUGACAUGGACUCUUCCUGUGCCCUGAGCGAGGGGAGAACUUCUCCCCCAAACUCUCUUCUCAUUGGUGGAGCCGGAGGGGGCGGAGCUCACCGGAAGCGUCGCACACUGGUGGCGCCGGAUAUGAACUUGUCGUUGGACCAGAGCGAAGGGUCGUUGCUCUCAGAUGACUUCCUGGAUACGCCUGAUGAUCUGGAUAUUAAUGUGGAUGAUAUCGAGACGCCUGAUGAUACGGACUCGCUGGAGUUCAUAACCAACGGCAACGACCUGGAGUGGGAGGAUGACACACCCGUCGCCUCGGUCAAAGCGCCCCCUGCUGACAGUGAAGCUGAUGGAGAAGGUGUGGACGGGACAGGUGUCAACGGCCGUUUGUGGAGGACUGUGAUCAUCGGCGAACAGGAACACCGGAUCGAUAUGCAGGUCAUAAGACCCUAUCUGCGCGUCAUAUCACAUGGAGGGUACUAUGGCGAGGGCUUGAACGCCAUCAUUGUGUUCACAGCAUGUUACCUUCCUGACAGCAGCUGCCCAGAUUACCAUUACCUGAUGGAAAAUCUCUUUCUGUAUGUGGUGAGCAGUCUGGAGAUGCUGGUCGCGGAGGAUUACCUGAUCAUCUACAUGAAUGGAGGAACGCCCCGGAGUAAAAUGCCCGGCAUUAGCUGGCUUAAGAAGUGCUAUCAGAUGAUCGACAGAAGACUGAGGAAAAACCUAAAAUCUCUGAUCAUCACUCACCCUUCAUGGUUUAUCCGGACAGUCCUCGCAAUUUCCAAACCCUUUAUCAGUGUGAAGUUCAUGAAUAAGAUCCGUUAUGUGCACAGCUUGGAAGAGCUGGAAAAGAUUGUCCCUAUGGAUCAUAUUCAGAUCCCAGAGUGUAUCUUACAAUUUGAAGAGGAAAGAAUCAAUGCUAGAAAAGAGAGAAUGGAGCAGGAACAGAAAGAACAGCAGCAUCAAGAACAGCAACAGAAGCCAACCAAUCCAGAGAGGACAACAGCGAUUGAAGAGCCUGGACUCUGAGCGGACAAGCUUGAAUGUUCUUGUUGCUGAUCUUGGACCAUUUUUCAUAUUCCCAAAUUAUUCAUAUACAUAUUAGACGACUCGAAACUAGUUUCAGAUCAGCAACAAAGCAGAAACUUGAAUCAAAAGUUGGAGGAUGAGAAGGCAAGCUGCUCUCGCUUUCAUCUGCAAAGGCACAAUUUUAAAAAAGCAUCUUGAGAUCCACCAACAAAUGGCACUGCGCACAGAGAAACGUUGCUGUUUUCGGUAGCAGGAUGUACCAUCAUGCAUUGUAGCCUCUUUACUGUUAUCGCUUUUUUAAAUAGGCUGUUCCCUGCUUUCUGACCCUUGAGAAUGUCAUGCCUUUAAUUGACGGAUGUGUCCGCUCAGGAUUUGAUUGGUGGUGCAUGUCGAUUUCCAAGCAACCGUUCCUGUGCUUCUCUGUGUGUAUGCGCUCAAAUCGAAUGUAACUUUAUUCCAUUUCGCCAGUUAUGUUUGCCUGAAAUCCUUUCUUGGAUGUUUUUUGAAUGUUUUAACCCUUUUCAUCUUGUUUAAUGACCAGCUUUUGUAAAUGAUAAGUGCCAGUCAUCUCUGAAAACAUUUUGACAUUAAUGUAUUCAGCAGUAUUUUUAUGUUGCCUUAUGUUUGCUAUGAAAAUAGUUCAAAAUUAAACAUUCUGCUAUGUGUAUCAGUACAAUA